GAGUGCGGCGGAAAAAGGAUGCCGGAUCUGGGUUGCAGAAAUCAGAAGUACCACUAGAUGGCAGCAAAUGAGCAUAAAGAACCUCAAUCGUUUGCUGCCAUCUAGCGAUAGCCCGGGAAUUGCACUCAAGAUUUGUUGCCCUGAGUGGAAAGGAAGCCCCCAUAGGAGAAGCAAGCUGUUGUGGGGCCAAUGCAGGGGAAAAGGUUGAAGAAAGGGAGAUCCUGGAGCUCAGAGGACUUAAAUAGGGUUAGACUUAGAAAAUGGAUUUGUUCAUAGCCGAUGCUGUCAUUUAUUUCUGUUAUAUAUUAAUAUUCUGCUUUUCUCACAGGCUUGGCACACCCCAAGAUCCCAGAGCAGUUACUCAAGAAAAUCAAUAAUAGUAAUAAUAAAUAAUGCAAGAGCGAAUAAAGACAGCCUGCCUGGUGGUUGGGCGGGCACGAAAAUGAAUACAGUUAACAUCUAGAGAGCACAAGAGCUGGGGUGGGGCAAGCAGGGUGGAGCCAGGCAGUACAAGGAAAUGAUCCCGCUGGGCAGGGAUGUUUGUUGGGGCAAAGAACAGUUAGCGCAAAGUUGAAGGCAAACCUAUUGUUUCCCAUUAGCAGUGCCUGGGGUGUGGAGUGUCACGCAGAAGCAGAAGUGGCUAUGUCAGCUGAGGCCUCGACAGAUCCAUCCCCACCCCUGGAGAGUUGUGCUCCGCUGGUCCCAACCCAGCACCGACGGGAUGGCAGGGGUGGGGUAACUGAGAUGACUUUGGACCUCAAGCCCCUGAAUCCCAGCAGCAAGUACGUCAAGCUGAAUGUGGGAGGAUCUCUGCAUUACACCACCGUGCAGACCCUGACCAAGCAAGAUACGAUGCUCAAGGCCAUGUUCAGUGGCCGAAUGGAAGUCCUCACAGAUAGUGAAGGUUGGAUCUUGAUUGAUCGAAGUGGCCGCCAUUUUGGAACUAUUCUGAAUUAUUUGCGAGACGGCUCAGUAUCUCUUCCAGAGUCCCAGCGGGAGCUGGAGGAAGUGUUGUGUGAAGCCCGGUAUUAUCUGAUCCAAGGUUUGGUUGAGGACUGCCAGCUUGCACUACAGCAAAAAAGCGAAGCCUAUGACCCUCUCUGCCAUAUCCCCAUGGUGACAUCUCCCAAGGAAGAGCAGCAGAUCAUCUCAAGAUGUUCGAAGCCUGUGGUGAAGUUACUGCAUAACAGAAGUAAUAAUAAGUAUUCCUAUACCAGUAACUCUGAUGACAACUUACUGAAGAAUAUUGAACUGUUUGACAAACUAGCUCUGAGGUUCAAUGGACGGGUGCUUUUCAUCAAGGACGUUCUUGGGGAUGAGAUCUGCUGUUGGUCAUUUUAUGGGCAGGGCCGCAAGAUUGCGGAGGUUUGCUGUACUUCCAUCGUCUAUGCCACCGAAAAGAAGCAGACCAAGGUCGAGUUUCCCGAAGCCCGGAUCUUUGAAGAAACGCUAAACAUCCUGAUCUAUGAGACACCACGGGUGCCAGACAAGGCCCUCCUGGAGGCCACUGGGGGAGUUGCGGGUGGAGGCGGAGGCCCCCUCCGUGCUGGUGAUGAUGAAGAUGGGCGGGAGCACCGUGUCCGGCGUAUUCAUGUCCGCAGACACAUUAUGCAUGAUGAACGUCCUCAUGGCCACCAGGCUGUUUUCAAAGACUGAUCCAGCCUUGUUUCCACGGUCCUCAUCACUCCAAUUCUUCCGUGCCAAAGGAGGAUCUUUUUUCCUUUGAUAUUUCAUCCAAGAGGUCCUCUAUGGUGUUUGUGUCCUUUCUUUAUAACUAAUUUGAGCACAUCUCCCCCUUCCCACCUACUAUUGUGACAAUAAAAGGCUUGGGUCUGUCCUAUAAUUUAUUGGAAUGUUUUAACUAUUGAUUCAUGUCCUAAUAUCUGGCUUUUUCUCCCCAGCCAGCCCAAUCAGUUUGUCUUGUAAUCUUCACGGUAUUUACACAAAUUAAGACUGUAAUCCUCUCUUUACAACUUCUUUAAUCUGAUUGCUUUCCUUUCAGAAAAGAGACUGCCAUUUAGCUGUAUUCUAACCAUCCCUAGUCUGAUGGCUUUAUGGUUCUUUAAAAGUUGCUAUAAACUUUAUAUCCAUAGAACAUUUUUAAUAUCAAAGUAGAUAUAAAGUCAGAUAUAUGUCAAAAUACCUGUUUUAAUUUAACUUUGGACUUACACCAUUUAAUGACUGCCAAUUUGGUACCUAGUCAAUCUAUUUUUCCAUUUCUUUCUCAGCUGUCUAAUAAUGCAGGGUGCUUAUCUAGAUAAUAUUAUCUAGAUGAUAAUAGCAUUAAGUAAUUCUGCAGUCUAGAUUUUAGUGGAUUCUUCCCAUGUUAUCUUUGCCUUCUGAUAUAACUGAAUCCAAAUUUCAUCUGAAGUCUCUCCACCCACUCACAAUAUAUCUUUUACAAUCAGAUGCAAGGUUUGUUAGAAAAGUCUCCAUUUAUUUGGAACACCACAAUACUUUAUCCUGUAUCACCCCUGUCCAACCUACCAUGAUAUUUGAACCCCCUUCUGUUUUCUGUGGGAAUGGUACUCUGUUUCACGUUAGAUGUAGCAAAUUACUACAGGGCAUUCCAACAGCCCUUUAAUCCUGAUGGAGUCUAUUUGGAUAUGCCAAAUAAUGGCAAUAGGGAGAGAGUUGAGAUUGUAAGGAACUAAUGUGUUAUCUCAAGUUUUCCUGCACUUCCCCAAAUCCUCUUUCAGUAUAUCCUCCUCUCCCUGGAGGAGGUAAUCUUGAAUUAAUUAUUGUAAUUUUGUAUUUGCAUAAUUUAUUUAAACUGGGGUUUUUUUCUAUUAAAUUAUUGUAAUAAAGUUUUCUGCUUUAAAAAUAAA